AUGGGGAUUCUCUUUGGCAAGUUCCUUCUUUCGGCCAUCAUCGGCUUGGCUGGGUUUCAGGUCAGCGCGUUACCUACGCCUGGUGACACCCCCAAGUGCACGACUCCUACAAAACGCAUGUCAUGGCAUGAUAUGACUGACGAUGCAAAGAAGUCAUACUUGGCCGCAGAACAAUGUGUCAUGUCAAGUCCGGCAACCGUAAAGCUGCCAGGAGCAAAGACCAAGUGGGAUCAACUAGUAUCCCUUCACCAGAUCCAUGCUUUACAGAUCCACAGCACCGGAACGUUCCUCCCAUAUCACCGAUAUUUCCUGCAUACGCAUGAGUUUCUCCUCAAUGAAUGCGGGUAUAAAGGAGGCCUUCCUUACUGGGAUGAGCCCCGUGAUGCUGGGAAAUUCUCGUCAUCGCCAGUUUUCUCCCCAACAUUGGGGUUUGGAGGCGACGGCAAGGGGGCUAAGAAUUGCGUGGCGGACGGGCCAUUCUCCAAUGUCACUGUCAACAUUGGGCCUGGAUUCACUACCCAGCCGCGCUGCGUGAACCGCAAAAUUACCAAUUUCCUUAGCUCUCUCUCUGCAAAGGCCCAGGUCACGGCGGCAUUGAACUACUCGACCUAUGACACUGUCUGGAAUGGGAUUUACUCGGGCCCGCACUUAGGAGGGCAUAUGGCUUUGAGUAUGAUGAAUGGUGAUUCAAUCACCUCUCCAGGAGAUCCUGUCUUCUUCCUACAUCACGGCUUUGUAGACAAGAUGUGGUGGGACUGGCAGGCACAGAAUCCUAGCAAGCGGCUCACGGAGAUCGGUGGUCCAAAUGCUCAGGAUCCCGCCAUUGGCUUCACUGAGUUUCCGGGCGGUAUGGAAGUCGAGUCCCAAAUGUGGGGGCAUCCAACCGCGGAGAUGGCAGCGGCUGCCCCAGAUCCUCACGCCGGUGACAAAGGAAACGUGACCACUCUAGGGCAUGUGCUGACCAGUAAAGGGAUCAUACCAGAUGCAACGAUAGCUGAUAUAAUGGAUAUCAAGGGCGGCUAUCUCUGCUACGAUUAUGUGUAG